CUCUGCCUCUCUCUCUGUCUCUGUCUCUUUCUCUCUGUUCUUUCUCUGUCUGUCUGUCUGUCUCUCUCUGUCUCUGUCCUCUCUCUCUCUCUCUCCCCCCAGCAUGUAAAGUAUAAGCUGCUGGUUUCUUUUAGGAAACCAGUGAUUUUUUUGUGAGUAAAGAAGAGUCAUAAGAUUAUGUAUAAUUUGAGGAUGACACCCACUCAUCUACAAAAGAGGAUGAUUAUAAUAGACGCAGUAUUUUUGCUGGCUGAUUGUUGGCCAAUCUGACAGCUUAACUCGAAAUGCAGAACUGGUUAUGCGUGAAACAAGCACAGAUUUCAGGAUCGCUGUCUCUUGUGGUUAAGCAUUUUACCUUUAAGUCACUUACGCACGGUAGUCCAGCACACAGGUUUAUUGGUGUAAACAUCCGCCGUUCGGUCAGGAUCUAUGAAGGUCAGUAUUCAUUGCUUAAGUAGACUGUACAGAUGUUCAAAAAAAAAUGGAAAGUAUGUUCUGGCCAGCACUGGACUUUCCAGGGGAACUGUCAUACAAUAUAUUAAUAGAAUUCUCACCUAAAUUAGAUCAUAAGAUUUCAGUAUAGGGGAAAACCAACUAGUGGCCAUAUAUAUAUAUAUACACACACAGUUAUGAUUUUCUUUUUCUAUUUUUAUUAAGAUUAUAAAACAUUUUUACAACAAUAAUGAAUAAUAUUGCUUUGUUUUCUUUGGACACACAUACAAAUGUGAUGUUUGGAAUGGUUGAAUUAGAUAGUAUUUUAUGGUUGUACAUUACAGCUAUGAAAUAACAAAGGAUUUUAAAAUGAAUUUCAAAUUUGAGGUCCUAAUAGCCAGAUUGGGAAAAAAAUAAUAUAUAUUUUUUUUUUUUUUAAACUCACUUUAAAUACACAAUUUAUUGAGUAACUCGAGGCAGACAUGUACCCUUUAUACUAUUUCCUAUUUUGCACCACUACGAAAUACAGUUGCAAAAAUUUAAAGGGGCAAAACUAUCUCUGGAUGCCAAAGGGGGGCAUGUGGGUGCCAAGGAAACUGUGUUUUCUCUCCACCUGUGUGAGAAUAAUUCUACAAAAGCAAACAAACAAGGAUGGCACCAUCGACUCCUUGCACUACAACAUCAAGCUGUAGUUAUAGGUUAAAGGAAUACUGUGUGCUUCAUAACAGCGAAGAGAGCAUUAAAUUAAAGAGGAAUUGUAAUGUUCCCAAAUUCUAUAGUAUUCAGUCCGUUUUAAAAUGCGUUAUCUUGGUUUCUUAUUCAAACCCCCUAAUAUGCCACUGUUGCUAAUGGUGAAUGCGAAGUUAGAUUUGCGUGCUCUGCUUGGUGUUUUUUAUUCAGGCAAGCAAUUUUAAACUUUUUUUUUUUUAAUUUUUAAUAUACAUUUGUUUAUUUGAAUUAUUAUACUGUAAUUGAAAAGACAGUUGAGCAGAAAAGAGAAAAAUGAUGGGGGGUGGGGGGGUGCGGGAAUAACAAAACAGGAAAGUCAUGAAAGUGUCGCGUCAUCACUACUGUCUUGUCAGCUUGAUUUAUCUGGACUUUGGUGAACUCAAGCUAUUUUUCCACUCAAGCAGCAUAUCCUGUACAGAUUCCAUGGCACAAGCCCAUGUUCAAUGCUCCUGGAAUUUAUCGUAGAGAUGGAACUCUGUAAUGAAGUCGCAUUGCCAUUGCUGCCUUGCUCGUACGUAUUGAUCAACCUUGGGCAAUAUUGCUAUGCUAAGAGGUGCUAUUCUUCUUUUGCAAACGUAAAGGAAGCUUGGAGAGCGAAUUUAUUGUGAUGAGCCGCUGAGGGGAAAACUAAAGUCGAAAUUGCAAAGUCAGCCCCGUAUAGACGUUGAUUCCAAGAAAUACAUCUGCCAAAAACACAAUUUUAAUAAACACUAGGCUCUUUUUUUUUUUAUUUUUUUAAUUUAUAAAAUAUAUCUUUUUAGCUGUCUAAAAUAAAAAUCUGAUUAGGCAGCAUUUUGGAAGGAGCUUUUAGCUGCAGUUGAAUGUAUGUAAAUGCAAACUUUGACCUGUGUUUGAAUGCUUCACUAAUUUUCCUGUUAAACAUCAACGGUAGCUUGCUGCCAACACAGAUAAUUCAGGAGUGUGUGUUUUGUAAUCUUCAUUUCCUAUAACAAUGGCUGCAUUCCAGCUCCCAGUUUUUGUCUGUUGAUCACUCCCUUCUCACAUCCAGCAAUGCUUCCUUCUUGCAGUUUUGCCAAAGCGUCAUUUGAAUGAGCAGAAACUUCCAGACUCUUCCAGAAUGCAGGGGACGGAACGGAACCCUAUGAUACUAAGCUAUACCUUGCAGGAGCUCUUUGGACAUGAUACUGUGCAAGUGGAGCUUAUUCCAGAAAAGAAAGGCUUGUUUUUGAAGCAUGUGGAGUAUGAGGUUUCCAGCUCGGUGAGUUUGACCCAUUGGACGAAUCAUGUGAUAUGCGCUGGGUGGGGAAGCAUCCAGUUUAUUGACUAGUUUGCCAGAGAGAUAGCUAAGUGGUUAAUAAAGCAGCAUACCAGAGUUGUAAUUUCAAUUCCAGCCAAGGUUUGCUCCUCUUUCUAUCCAUCCGAGAUCAAUAAAAUGAGCACCAUUAAGUUUGGUAAUAACAUCUGCAACCUAGUAUGCGCUUGAAAACUGGUGCACGAAUGCACCUUUCUUGGUUAAAUAAUUUGAUGUUAUUUUUCACCAAUCCCAGCUUGCCCCUUUCUUGAAAGCAAAACGGGGUUGUUGUACAACAGCAGCUGAACUAUAUUGGCUCCAUUUCUAUUUUUUCUAUUUUAUGUGUGCAAUUGUAUUCCCUUUGAAUUGCUUACCUUCUUUAGGAACGGGAUACCAAGAACCUUGGAUAUGUUGCAGUGGAGAAGAUCGAGAUAAAUGUACAGGCCUUGUCUUCCUCUAGAUCAGGGGUGUCAAACAUGCGGCCCCCCAGAUGUUGCUGAACUACAACUCCCAUGAUUCUUUCAAUGAAACAGAUAGCCAGGGAAUCAUGGGAGUUGUAGUUCAGCAACAUCGGGGGGCCGCAUGUUUGACACCCCUGCUCUAGAUCAUUCAGGGCCCAUGGCACCCCUCCAGGGAAAUGAAGGCAACUGGAGUUGGCGUGGAAAUGAUAAUAAAAAAAAAAUACUAGUUUGGAAAAUGCCCGCCUUACAUUUAUUGUAAAUAGAUAUCUAUAGCAUCACUUUUGUGACUUGAAUAAAGGACCCCUACAGACGCUUCUUGCCCUAUAAAGCUGAGGAUUAAAUUGUCCUUUUUAUAAAUAUUAUUAAAAUGGCAUACAUUUAGUUGGCUUGCCCCCCUUAACUCCCUUAAAUGUUAAUAAAACUCACCUAUUUCCAGUGCCGCGCAGGUCUGCCUCUGCUGGUUCCGCCCCCUUAGUAACAUCAUCAGAAUUGCAGAUUUUUAGCCAAUCCAAUGCAUUCCCAUGGGGAAAGCAUUAGAUUGGCUAAAAUCGGCAAGGGGGCGGGGCCAGAUACAAUUUUGGCCAAUCAGUGAGUGAAUGCAUCUCUAUGAGGAAAAUUCAGCGUCCCCAUGCAGAGCGUGGAGACGCUGAACGGCACUGCUGCCUACUGUGCAGCACUGAGCCAGGAAGUGCCUCCAGUGGCCAUCUGAGGAGGUGUCCCUAGGGGCAAUGUAAACAAUGCAUUUUCUCUGAAAAGGCAGUGUUUGCAUGAAAAUGCCUGCACAUCAUGAUUAUACUCACCAGAACAACUUCAUUAAAGGACCACUAUAGUGCCAGGAAAACAAACUCGUUUUCCUGGCUCUAUAGGGUCUUUGGGUCCCCCCCACUUUCAUGGCCCCCCUCCUGCCAGGCUCUACGGGGAGGAAGGGGUUAAAGGCUUACCUUUCUCCAGCGCCGGGCUCCUUCGGUGCUGGGGACUCUCCUCCCUCUUCUGACGUCACUGGCUGAAUGCGCGGCAAGACCUGCGCGCGCAUUCACUCAGUCCAUAGGAAAGCAUUCUCAAUGCUUUCCUAUGGACGCUGGCGUCUUCUCACAGUGAGAAGCGCGGAAACGCCUCUAGCGGUUGUCAAUGAGACAGCCACUAGAGGCUGGAUUAACCCAAAUGUAAACAUAGCAGUUUCUCUGAAACUGCUAUGUUUACAGCAGGCAGGGUUAACCCUAAAUGGACCUGGCACCCAGACCACUUCAUUAAGAUGAAGUGGUCUGGGUGCCUAUAGUGGUCCUUUAAGCUGUAGUUGUUCUGGUGACUAUAGUGUUCCUUUAAUUUUAUAACAAGGAAUCCUGAGACAGUGUGCCAGUGAUAGGUUGAGAGCUUCAGCUAUCUAUCUCUACCACUAGCGACCCUUUGAUACAACUGCAUGAGAAACAUGUUUAUUUAAUGAGGCUUCCUCGUUGAACGUGGGGAAAGAGAGGCAGAGCUGACGGACAAUGUUUGGCCAACUUUGGAGUUAAACCAUUCGUAAACUGAUUAAUCCCUUGAAUGUAAGAAGGAGCCCAGGGCCUGCCUUCAAUGCACCAUAACAAUUUAAUCUCAAUUAAGUUCUUAUGGUGCCCAAAGUGUUCCUUUAAAUAUAUGGGGGGGAAAAAAUAACCACACCUUUUAAGGAUGUUUAUGGGAUAUGUAGUUCACACUCAACAGCAGUUCCAUCCAUUACAUAACAUUAAUAGAUCUGCCUCCUCAACUGCUGUCGUCUUGGUUACAGGUCCUUCAGUUUUGUGAAUAAAACUGUAAACUAGAUUGAGUCACUCCAGGAGCACAAGUUGUUAUUGUAUUUGUAGUGUCCAUUGUAAGCCAAAUAUAAUUAUUUUAAGAUUCUUUUAUUUGUGUUUUAUUUCCUUUACAGCAGUGAAAGAAUAAAAAUCUUAUUCUAUAGAACCAUAUCAAGAGGCCUAAAAAAAAAAAUAUAUAUAUAUAUAUAUAUAUAUAUAUAUAUAUAUAUAUAUAUAUAUAUUUCAUUGUUGACCAUUUACAUUUUACUUAACACUGUGUAGCUCAAUCCGACAGGAAUUGCUCACCUAUUUUCCAGUCUUUUUCUUGAGUCUUUUUAUAAUUUUGAAUUUUUUUUCCCCCCCAACCUUCCCAAUCCUGGUCCUUUUCUUUAGCACUUCAAGUCUUCCGUGUACAGACGGUAUAAUGACUUUGUGGUAUUCCAGGAGAUGCUGUUGCAGAAAUACCCAUACCGUAUGGUGCCGUCUCUGCCACCGAAAAGAAUGCUUGGAGGUAUUGUCUUGCAUUUUCGUACCUGUGUUAAUUGUGUUCUUAUGGUCUGUAUAUUAUCUAGCUAGAUUCUAUAAAGUUAUGUAUAACCCCUCCCACAUCCCCCACAUUUCCCUUUUUAAGGUAUGUAGAUUUGGCACUCAAGAUGAACUACCGUUACGAGCUGUGCCAGUUGAAAAUCUGCUGCUCGUUAAACGUUACCUGCAUACUUGGCACCAACUCAUCUUAAGGGCGUUUGAUAGAUUUUGAUCUCUUAUUCAUGAUGUGUUUUCGCUCUUAUUUGAUUUUGGUACCCAUAGCAUGAAAUGCUACAGAGAAUAAGAGGGCAGUGAUUGGCCGUUGGACGAAGUCAUAUCCUCAGCUCGGCUCACAGUGCUCUCUCAUUGGCUGAAAUGCAUGUCCUGCCAAGGAGAUGGUUUAGAAAAGUAGCAGAAUGUGCGAAGGGGACGGGGUGAUGCUGCUGUGGGUUUAUGUGCAUAUGUCACUUUAAAAUGUUCAAAGUGAACCUAUAACUUUUCUAAACUUAUUGAAACUAUGUAAGGAUGUUUACAUAUCAAAUCGCUAAUUCGGAUUAUUACUAUUAAUAAAAAAGAACCCUUAUCUGUGUGACAACGGGAGUGGCCACAUUAACAAUUUGUCAUAGGAUUUGCGGGAUUGUUUCUCUGACACCCUACCCUUUAUUAGAAGCUGAUUGGUUGUUCUGGCAACCCAUGCAGAAACUGUGUGGGGAGGAAGGAGAGUUCUGUACAGUGAAGUAAUUGUUGGUACAUUUGUGGUUUAAAUUUUUUUUUUCCCCUACACACCAUGACCACUACAGCAGUAGUGGUAGGAGUCCUCCGGUUAAGAGUAAAUCUUUUUGAUACAUACCUGUGUCCCUAUGGGCAUUUAUGAUCUGGCAACCAUUAGCUCAAGCUAAAGCAGAAGUUUCCCUUCUGCAAUAGAUAUUUCAAUUAUAAUUCUUAGUAAAUACAUUCGGUUAAUACAUGAAUUUAGUCAACAUUUUUAUGAAAAUAUACCCUUUAUUUUUUUUUAUUUUAAUUCUCUGUUUUUAUUGAGUGGAGCAAGGUUUACAUGACUUGACGUAUACGGUAGAUACAAGUGACCAUAACAGAACGUGAAAUCAUCCUAUGUGCGAUCUGUUUGUAUUAUCAGGACUGUAAGGGAGAGCAUGUAUCCUAGUUCCCUAUACCACUCACAAUUUUUUGUAGUAUACAGCAAUGUGAUUAGGUGAGUAUCCAGCUAGGGCACAACAUAAAGAAUAAAACUGUAUCGUGGUAAUUAGUAUAGGUGAAAGAUGGUUCAUAUAAGAUGCGAUACCCUAUCAGUGCGUUAGUCAAAUGGGUUCGGGAUACAACCUUUGGUAUGUACUUUGUUCGGGGCACCAAUUGAACCCUUUAGUAAUUGUUUUGCCAGCACAAUACAGAUAAGCUGUCUGGCAGGGUGUUAGAAGUGUGUAUAUAUAUAAGGUCAAGAUAUCUGAUCAAGUGAGUGUGAGGAAAAACAAAUAAAUGGUGCUACCUAUGCAUUGUAAUACCCCUGACCAAGGGGGUGAGGGGGAUAGGAGGAGAAUGUUCGUUCUCGUGUGUGUAGCCCAAGAUAAACUUUUAGAUAAGUAAAUCUUAAACUUAUGAAAACAUAAGUAAAACUACAGCUCAGACACAACGUAAUACCACUUAGUGAUUCAGCGAUAAGUAGAAGUUAGGGGGGUAACCCGGGGCAUGUGCGCUUGGGUAAGUUAUUACAGUCCUGCUUAUGUCCCUGAUUCACUGCCUCUUGUAGGUACAAAGGGUAUCACAUUGGGGACGUCCCAGGUCUGCGUGGCCUUGGACCUCAUUAGUGUGAUGUCUGUCUCUACCAGGCCGAGGGCUGAGCGGAAUACUGAGGCCUCAGCUGAAAAUGUUGCUUUAUAUGCUUUUCCCUCCUUCUGCACUUGCAGCAUGCGGGGUGCGGACUAUUUGUAUGCCUGGCCAGCUUCUUGCAGCUGUUUGGUGAUGGGCUGCAUGGUUUUGCACCACAACAGCAUGGAUCGGUUUAUAUCCUGGAAGAAGGUGAGUUGAUGCGAUUCCAAGUCGUUGCUUGUCUGUGAAGGUUUGAAAUCUGAUUAUAAUGUCCCUUGGGGUGCCAGCUGGAGCCCUGUGGGACUUGGUGAUCCUAUAGGCCCCAUCUAGUUGUAUAAGCUUUGCUUGUCUGGUGGGUAUCACUGAUGCAAUCAGCCUUUUUUAGGAAGUGUGGUAGUUCCUCUGGGAACACUGCGUCCACUAAUCCCCUUAUUUUGAUAUUUUGUCUGUGACUCCUAUUCUCCAUGGUGUCAACUCGGAAUGAUAGAGAUCGGUGCGCUGUUUGUAAGUGCUGAACGGUUUCCCCCACGGCUGUAAGACACUGUUUGAGGUCGAUCACGUCUUUUUUGGUGGCUUUGACCCGAGCCGUGACCGCCUGGAUUUUGAUUUUGAAUUUUCACCACUGCUAUAUCAGCAUUGAGUAGUUGUCUAAUUCUGUCAUACAAGUCAGUGAUGUCUUGUUUAGUUGAAGGCGUCAGCCUGGGGUUAUCACCUGUGUCAGAGGUUGAGAGCUGAGUGUGAAUGUAGCCAGUGUUUGCCUCCAUUAGGUUGCUCUCUGCAUCAGAAGCGGCGCUGGAAGCCGCCAUUGCCGCGGAACCCAUCUGCCUUGAUCACGGCGUGCACUUGAGGAGCCUGCUGAUAUCUCUAGGCUCCCGUGGAGUUAUCACCUGCAAUUUUUGAUUCUUCCGACACAUCUCCACAAUCGGAGGAGCAUUUAUGUAGGGAGGUGAGUAUUUCCUCCAGGCUUUAAACAGUCUGGCGUUUCUGGUUACGGCCUGCGAGUUCCUAGGCAUGAUGUGUCGUUGGACUUUACAGGGCAGGUUGGGCUGCGAUAUGCAAAAGAAGGGCAUUAGUGUGUAGCACAAAAAAACUAACUUCCAUUAAAAAACAUGUAAAGAGAACCUUAAAAAUACUUUUCAAAGCGUUUUCUAAAUUGACAUAUCAAAACUAUAAGGAUUUCUGUGUCCGUCAUUGAGAUGAAACCCUUUACGAAGACUGGUAGUUAGUUUAUUCCUUGCAGUCAUUAGAAAAGGAUAUAAAUACAUUAAUGUGUGUGAACUUCUUGACAGUACUGUCAUCUCCGGCAUAUGCCACACUUUGAUCACUGUUGAUGGGAACUCCGAGAGCAACUGUAAUAAUUCUAGGAGAGAAGCGGCUCAAAAGAGACAACUGUAUUUUUCAACAUUUCGCGUGCGGGAGAAUAAUGUCAUUUUUGAAGAUCAUAGAACUUUUUAAUUCUCAAAGAUGUUUUAAAUCUGUCUACAUUUUACUUUAUUACAUAAGAUGUUUUUGUAUUUUUAUUUUUUAUUUUUUUUCCACUUCCUGCAAUUUUUACCGUAAAAUGUUGUGAUAGGUUGAUAAUUCUUAUUUUAUUUAUAUAUUCAGUGUAUAUGGGUCUUGGUUCUUAUGAAAAAAUUAGCAAAAUGCAUAAGAUUCCAUAAUAUGCAUGUGAUUUGCCCCUACGUAGCCUUUUGUUUUUUGUUGACAAGUGCUUAACAAAGGAUUUUUAAAUGUGUAACAAUUCUUCUUAUCUCUCUCUGAGUAAAGCCAUGUAUAUAUUUUCAGCUGACCGUGAGUUUAUUGAAUCACGCAGGCGAGCGUUGAAACGAUUUGUUAACCUUGUUGCCAGGCACCCUUCUUUCUGGGACGAUGUACUUGUGAAUAUAUUUCUUUCAUAUAAUGGGCAGGUUAGUCUGUUUUCAUACAAUUUUUUUUUUUUUUAUAUAUACUUUUCCUUUAGAAUGUUAUAGUAUGCUACAGCUGAGCACAAGGAGUUACAUUUUGUAUGUACUGUACUUACAAUGGGCAGCAGGUAGAUUGGUUUUAAUUUGGUGUUAAAUUGUUGAAAAAUUGAGUUUGAAGUUGUUUUCUGUGUAGAAGGUUCCUUUAAAUCACUGAGAAGUUUUUAGCAUAUUUAUUUAAUGUUGUGAUAAUGCUUAGUUAUAUACAGCCAGACCGAUUUCUACCACAAAAGCGAGCAGCAGCAUGCUUAUAAGUCUUGAAAGGAUGAAGUCCAUUGUUGGUUAUAUCUAUUUGUUGCUCAUUUGCAUAUUCAGUGGAGCAAUAUGGGAUAUUAUUGUUGUUGUUGUUGUUGACAUUUAUAUAGCGCCAACAGAUUCCGUAGCGCUUUACAAUAUUCUAAUAAAGGUUUUUGUUUUAGGAUAUACAGAACCGAAUGCGUGAGUCCAUUCGUGGAGUGGGAGAUGAAUACAUGACUUCGAAAAUUUCUGCUCAAGCCAAGGUACUUCUUCUAUUGUUAAAUUCGGAUUUUGAAGCAUUUACUGAUUGGAAGAAAUAAGACUUACUAAUCUUAUAAUUAUAAGGGAAUGCCAGUGUCAUGAAGUUCUAGAUAUGCAAAUUUUGCAGGAAUUGACUUAAGCCCCACUCACCAGCCCAUACACCAUUAUUUGCAUGAAAAAAUACUACCCGAGACAAAGAAAGUUGUAUAAAAACAAGCUGGGUGGAUCGCAUUCCUCCUUUGACAUCUGAGAGCCAGGGGGGCUGGUUUAGAAUUGCAGAAUUAUUUUACAAAGCCCUUGCACUUCUAGGUUAUUCUAGUUUUUAUUAAUAUUUUUAUUGUUUUCUUUUCCACUUAUUCAGGAACUAAAUAUUACAUAAUUUGUGUAUGAAUAAACAUUUAUAUAAUCCUUUUCCAAUAUCAUUACAAUCCAAAUCAUGACCAUCAUACCAUCAUGUGAUACUUUCUAGGUUUUCAAUGUUUAGGGUUAGUUACCAUUUUCUGUUUCCAAUUUAUUUGCCCAUUCCUCCCAUAUUUUAGUUAUUUUGGAUCUAUAUUCUAAAUGGGUUAUUUUAGUUAGAGAGAGACCAGGUGCAGGGUGCUCUCUACACUGUUACCUUUUGUGAUGUGAUGUUGUUAUGGUGCUUACGGUAACCCUUUUAUCAAAAUAAUUCUGCCCUGAUAAGUCUGCGAAGACAAACUACACAUGUAACAUUAAGGAAAUUGUAUAUGAAAUGCAGUUGAGCAGUCACCAUCGAAUGCUAUGGCAUUAUCCUGCUGAUGUUCAAAACCUUAUCCCUCAAUUGUUGUUUAUAAAACCAAUUUAUAUAACAUUUUUUGACUGUGUGUGGUUUAGCAAUUUUUUAUAUGUACUUUGAAUGAACUAGCCAAAACACUUUCUCAUGGUUUCCUGUUGUCUGCUGGGGUGCUGUCAGGAUUUCCUUCCGAGCGACAUCCAAGUUCAGUUUGCCGCCAGCAGAGAGCUCAUACGGAACAUCUUUAACAGCUUUUAUAAACUGCGAGAUCGCGCUGAGAGGAUCGCGGCACGGGCCAUAGACAAUGCUACUGACCUCCUGGGCUUCGGAAAAGAGCUAAGGUAUAAUGAUUGGAUUACUAUUCUUGCUUUUUGGAAUGAAGAUUUUGCUUAAAUAUGGAUAUUAAAAAAACUAAGAUACAUGACCUCUGAUCUAUAGUUGAUAUAAUAUGGGAUUUUUCUAACCGCACAAAUAGGCCACUAUCCCCAUGAGCUUGAUCUUGCUUCAUUAAAAAGAGACAGAUGUUUCAUCCAUAUGUUUUGGUCUAGUCUGUCUGGGAGGAUGGGGAAAAAUACACAAUUUGUGUGUCCUACAGUUGAAUACAUAUAUCACCACUAGUUCAGAAAUUGUAUGUUUUUUGUUUUUUUUUAUUUGUGAGAUAGGCGAUUGUACAUAAAGUAUCGUUGUAUCAUCAAAGAACGUGAUUUAAUUAUUUACAAAGAUGGAAUAGAUUCCUGAAUCCCAAAUACUCCUGCAACGUUUCUCCAAUCUAAGAAUACUCAUUGCAUAAACGAGAGGUGAUUGGAAGGUAAUUGUAAAGGAUCCUGUUAUCCCUGUAGGACCGAUCCUUCCAGCUUCUCCCGAAAUCCCAGCAGAAUAAUAGCAAAGUAGUGAUUAUAGCUCACAAUUCCCCAAACAUGAGUCGAGACUUCAUGAAGGGGUAAAACGAUCUGAUUUAUUGAUGGCCAAACUCAGCCUUUUAUGAUGGUCUCCCAGCAAGGAAACUCCCACAGGGGACAUUGUGGAAAACUGUGACACAAAAUACAGAACCAAUCAGUUUACAGUACAAUUAUUAAACACACCCAUGGUAACAGUGCAACCCCUCCUCUCUAUCCUGGAGAUAAUUAACUUAAGUGGUUGGAGAGAACCUAAUUAUCUCCAGGUAGAGAGAAACAUGUCUUUUUCACAUUUUGACAAAACUUUAUUAAAAUCCAUAACUUAUAUUUCGCUGAACGUAGUCUCCAGGUUCCACAUGCGCUCAGAUCCCACGAACACAGUUCUCAAUAUCGUUGAGUAAAGUUUUUAGUUCACUGGUUGUUCGUGCAAUUGAAUCCGCCAAGAGUGCCAUAACUGCAGCUACCUGGGGUCGGUCUAGCUCGUAUGGUAGGAAAGUCCUGAACAGUAGGGUGUUCGGGAGUUAUUAGACGAAUGGCCUGGAACUUCGUACGCUUCAGCAGUGUGCGGCUAAAUAAGUGUCCGAAAACAGUUCCAGGGUGUAAAUGACCACCUACCGCUGAGCGUUCGAUCUUAAAAUGGCGACCGCCACGUGUUCGGCAAACGAACGCGGACAACCAAACCUUUCAACAAUUACUUGCGGUUAACCGCAAGGUCUGGGUGGUAAAUGAGCUGCACAUGACCCUGUUGGGGGGGGUCGGGUGGUUCGGGAGUUUGUUUGGCUCUUUUUGCAAGCAACACGAAAUAGCCAAACAUACGAAUAUCAGACGAAAUGCUGUUUCCCUGAGUCUGUCCAAACAGGGGUUUCGUUACAGUAAUAUUUAUUACAGAUAAUUUUUUUUAAUGCACUAAAAUAAAUUAAUUUCAACUUUGUAUUUUUAACUCGAGUUUCCAUCAAUAGCAUGUUACAAAGAGAUCAUAUAAUUUUGGUCCCAAAGCAGUAUAUUUUCUGAAUUAAUAAAAUUCCCUCUACAUUUAUAUGUUCCAUAGACCUAUAUUGUCAAUUAUAGACAGAGACAACCCCUCAUUAACAUUUAUUAUAUACCCUGUGUUGAGUCGAGAUGUUAUUGAUGGUAGAAUAAAGGAUUUCCAGCUACUGACACAUAUUUGUCUAGGGAAGGGGAAGGCAACCGUUUAGUAGUACUGUGCAAGACAAGAUUUUUAAGUCCCUUGGUGUGCCAAUCCUAUUUUUAAUUGUUUUAAUUGAUGUGUGUAUGUUGCCGUAUUCUGCUUGUGUUAUUUAUGGACGAAGCAGUUGCUAUAUAACGUUGUAUCUGUGCAUCAUAUAAUAUCAUCAAAAUAAUAUUAUGUGGGCUGCUAUAUUGUACAGUAUACGUUCAUGAGAAGUUUGUGGGUUUUAUACCUAUGAAUGUGGGUUGUGUAUUGGGGCUGCUUGUGUAAAAGAUUGUGUGCAUGUAUGUUGAUUGUCAGUGGUGUUGUGUUUGUGGGGACUGUGUGUUUUUGUUUGUGUGUGGGCUGUUUGUAUUAUUUGUAUGAGGGGGAGGCUUAUUCUGUGUAUAUCGAACAGUGUGGUUGGCUUCCCUGGGGUCUUGCGGGGACCAGGGUGGCCAGGUACAGAUCAAGUGCAGGAGCUGUACUAGAUUCUGCAAUGCGUAAAUUGAGGAUCGCCCCUCUCCACCUGCAAUUGCCACUCUGUCUGCAAUAGACAUCUGAAGUCCAGUUGGGACUGUUUGGCUUUGGCAACCUUGAGUCCCAUUCAAGGUACACGUGCCAUAGGUUGCUGUCCCCUGGUCUUGUGGUUAAAUCUUUAAAUCCUUUCUUUGCAGACAUUAAGGAGAACUUGUUUCUUUAUUUUAAAUGAAGGGAUAAUUACUGUCUAAAAGCAAGGCUAACACACAGAGUUAUAGGAUAACUUUUAGAUGUACACCUUUUUUAGACCGUAUGCAUCUGAGAUGGAAUAUGCAGCAGCUGUAGUGUUGAUGCCUUGCGUGUUACAAGGGAUUAAGGGUGGGGGAAACAGAGGGGGCUACAUCUUACUACAGACACGCAUAAGAAUUAGACUCUGCAUAAAUUCAAUAGGGCUGGAAAUUCACAGAACAUCACCUUUUGGACACUUGAUAAACCACUAUUACAAUACACUAUUUUGACUUGGAGAGUAUAAUUGUGUUGUAAAUUGAACCAGCGUUCUCCUUAAACAAUAUAUAUGCGUUCCUGAACCGGAUAGUCAGCUGUACUUUAGAGGGACACUAGAGUCACCAGAACAAUUACAGCUUAAUGUAGUUUUUCUGGUGUGUAUAGAAUGUCUCUAUAGGCUUUGUAAUGUAAAGCCCUGCCUUUUCAGAGAAAAGGUAUUGUUUAAAAUGCCCUCUAGUGGCUGUCACUCAGACGGCCACUAGAGGUGCUUCCUACAUUCAGCAUCUACACGCACUGCACAUUCCUCAUAGAGAUGAUUGAUUCAAUUCAUCUCUAUGAGGAGAUGCUGAUUGGCGCGGCGCUGCGUUUUGACGCACUUGCACAGUAGCCUCCCAAUGCUUUCCUAUAAGAAAGCAUUCGAUUGACUAAAAUCAUCACAACUGAUGAUCUCGCCAACGAGCCAGAACCAGCCACAAUGAGACCAGUGCGGCGCUGGAAAUAAAAUGAGUUAGUUUGUUACUGCAAUAGCAUACAUAUCAGUAGAUAUUGAAGGGUACCACCCUGAGAUGUCUGACAUUGUCUGCUGUGUCACACGCACAUCAUGACAAUUUCUUAAUGGUUUUAAUUUCUUCUUAAUAGUCUUAUCGCUCUGUAUCUGUGUACCAAUGACAUCCUUCACCUUCCAGGAAAUAACAUCCUCUUUUACCAAAUGUUCUCCUUCUAAUUUGCUGUGUCUAAAAGGCUUCUGUUAAAUGGACACUAUAGUCACCUAAACAACUUUAGCUUAAUGAGGCAGUUUUAGUGUAUAGAUUAUGCUUCUCCUGUUUCACUGCUCAAUUCGCUGCCAUUUAGGAGUUAAUGCAGCCCUUGCCACACCUCCCCUGGCUAUGAUUGACACAGCCUGCAUUAAAUCAAAAUGGUUUCACUUUCAAUCAGAUGUAAUUUACAUUAAAAAAAUCGUAUUGCUUUCUCUGUAAAUUCUACUUUAAUCACAUACUGGAGGCCCUUGCAGCGUCUAGCAAGCUUCUUAGAAGCAGCUAAGAAUGAAAUUGACAAGAUUAAUUUUAAAUCUCUUCAGAUCCAAUCAACUAGUAACCUUCUUAGAAAGGAACAACGGGCUUUAAAAACAUUACAAAACGACUCAGAUAUUAUUAUUAAGCCAGCCGACAAGGGGGGCAAUAUCAUAAUAAUGGAUGUGGUGAAAUAUCUUAAAAUGGCAGAACAUGUCUUAGGUGACAUUGAAACUUACCGAGUACUUAAAUGUGACCCCACAAAUGACUUUCUUUUGAAAUAUAAAGAAAUUCUGGACGAAGGCCGCAGUGGAGGGUUGCUAUCGGCGGACGAGUAUGAAUUUAUUCUUAACCGUCACCCGAGGAUAGCAACCUUCUACUGCCUGCCGAAGGUCCAUAAGAAUCUGGAGGAACCCCCGGGACGUCCUAUCGUCUCCGGAGUCGAGAAUCUUACGCAAAACGGGAGCUUAUAUAUAGACAAAAUUUUGAGACCUUUUGUCGAAACUUUACCCUCAUAUAUCCGGGAUACGAAGCAAGCUCUUAAUCGGCUCUCAAAUCUUAAAUUUUCACCUACAGUCCAGCUUUGUAGCUUAGACGUAGAAUCGCUCUACUCCUCUAUCCCUCAUGAAAAAGGGCUUAGCCAUGUGGAAUUCUUUCUUGUUAAACGAGGUAAUAGGGAUGACUCACAGCUUUUUCCCUACGCCUUCUGAGGUUCAUCUUGUCACACAAUUAUUUUCUAUUUAAUGGUAAAAUCUACCACCAGGUGAGAGGCACGGCUAUGGGGACACCUUGUGCCCCUUCAUAUGCGAACCUCCACCUGGGAUGGUGGGAAUACUCGAUCCAUACUUCUGAUGUCUUGUCAGAAUACUUACCCUUCAUUUUAUGGUGGGGUCGCUAUAUUGAUGACAUCCUAAUUGUGUGGCAGGGUACUUCCCAACAAUUCUCUGAGUUAGUUGGAUUACUUAAUCAGAACGAUGAGAACCUCCAUUUUACAUCAGAGUUUGGAGGACGCUCUAUUAAUUUUUUAGAUGUGACCAUCACCAUCAAGGAAGAUGGGACUUUUCAAUCUACCCUGUUUAGAAAACAGACGGCCUCUAACUCCCUUUUACAUUGGGAGAGUCACCAUCCGCGACCCCUUAAGGAAGGCAUUCCGGUAGGCCAGUACCUUCGCCUCCGGAGAAAUUGUAGCGACAUUGAGGACUUUAAAAUGAAAGCGAAACAGCUUAGGAUACACUUCAAAGAGAAAGGCUAUCCGAAUCGCUGUUUAAAGAAGGCAUAUAAAAGAGCACUUUUAACUGAAAGGGAUCAACUGCUAUCUGAUCAUCCAGUUAAGUCUGAGGGCAGGGAAAUAGGUACCAUUCGCAUGAUUGCGACAUAUGAUACAGGCUGGUCUGAGGUACGUAAAUCCCUAGAUAGAUUUUGGCCCAUUCUUUUAAAUGAUGUACACUUAAAGGAGGUUUUGGGCCCACAAGUAAAUAUUACAGCUAGACGUGGACGUAAUAUCCGUGACUUGUUGGUACCGAGUCAUUUUUCCACUAAGACACCGAUACGACCUUCCUGGCUGGGAACUCCCCCCUGUGGUACCUAUUGCUGUGGCAGGUGUGUAGCCUGUAAGUACAUAUCUAAGGGCUCUAAAACAAUAAGUGACAGUUUGGGCCAAGGGGCUUUUAAGGUUAAAAGCUUUUUUAAUUGUAACACUAAGGGACUUGUAUAUCUUUUGACGUGCUCCUGUGGACAGAAAUAUGUGGGAAAAACAUUUAGAGCCUUCAAGGAAAGAAUAUUAGAACAUGUGAGAUCCCCUAGGAAUCGUCUUGAGACACCUAUUUCUAGACACUUAAAAGAAUGUCAUCAUGGCAGUUCGAAUAAUCUUCGAUUUUGUGGGUUAGAAUUAGUGAAGAGGAAUCCUAGACGUGGAGACUUUGAUAAGAUCCUGAGACAACGUGAGUCUAGGUGGAUUUAUGAACUAAAGACCCUUCAACCUCUGGGUCUGAAUGAAGGCUUCUCUUUUGCCCCAUUCAUUGUCAUCUCUGAGAGUUAAUUUCUUCUGAACCUUAUUUAAUUUAAGUCUGAUAUUCAUUUGAGUAUUUAUUUUGGCCUGCCGACGGGAACUACUAUAUAAUGACCACAUAUAUAUUGUGUGGGUUUACUAUUAUUUUUUUUUGACUACAUAAUUUAUGAUUUAUGUUUUCCUCUGUUAUUUCCUUUUUAUUUAUUUAUUUAUCCUUUUUCUUCUUUUCCCCCCUCCCUCCUUUCUAUAUAUAAAUUUUCCCCUCCCUCCUCUCCCUUUAGCCAUGGCCAUAUAUAUUUGAACUCACUGUCAUAUAGGGAUUUAAUAAUAGUGAUCUAUACACAAUUGUACAUAAAUAUAUCCCCACCUUGACAGUUCUAAUGAUAACAAUUUAAGAAUUUUAUUAAUCUCUUUUUACUCUUUAUUUUGGCCAUUCGGCUUAUUAGGAUCACUUUAUUGGUAUCUAGGGCGGUUUGUUUGUAUAUCCUAAACUCGAAAGGAAGACUAUCGCCGUCCUCAGGCAAUUUGAGCCGGUUGAUUUCUUAGUCUCCUUUCUCUAAGUCCGCGCGCAUGCGCGGGGAUUAUGGACCUCUCGAUACACCGUACAUUUUUCCCGGCGAGGAGGAAUGAAUAGACGCCCCCUUUUUGUGGGCGAACGGUGAGGAUUGGUCUUCAUUCUGUAGGAGGAGGAGUUACUCGCUCUUUUAAGGAGUAAGUUUGAGCGGGGGAUUUGUACAGGAUGCCCUUGAAAAAGGCGGUUUACCCGCCGAAACGCGCGUUGGGCAAUAUUUGAUGCGGACAUGUGUGUUAUACUAUUUUACACACACUCUUUUGUACGUUAGCUGUACCCAUAUUGACAUAUGACCGGCCGGUCAAUGGGCAUUAUUGGGGCAUAUAUACUCUUACUUCAGAGAAUUACAGUGGAGGAUUUACCUCCUGCUUGCUGUUUACUUUCUAUAUCAGUUUUCUUUACUACCCAUCUUACUAUCCUUUCGAUUUCUGGAUAUCACUAAUAGAUCUGUCAUCUAUUUUUUGUUUUUUUGCUUUAGUAAGUAAGGGUUCCUUUACUAGUAUUACUAUUUAGAAAGUAUAUUAUACAGUGCCUCCUAUUUAGAUAUACCUAGGGUUACAGCUGAGUACUAUUUCGGCUUUUUCUACAAGCUGCUGUUGCCAUUUGAGUCUCUGUUAGAGGUUGUUACAUUGUUUAGACUCACUGUGUUAUGUAACAACCCUAUCUGUACUUACUAUAUUUAAUGUGGUCUUGAUGUGCUCAGCAGCUUUCUUUCAGCCAAGAUUAGUCUGCACUUUUUAUUCAUUAUUAUUUUUUCUUUUGAUUUGGAUAUUUAAAUAAAGGUUAUUGUUAUUUUCUAUAUAUGUAUUUUUAUCUGAUUAUAUCACACAUAUAUUGUUAAUUGGGGGUAGCUCUAGUGGAGGAUUUAUUUUUCCUUUUAGGGAAUUUUUUCCUCUUACUAUAGUUUAUUCUAUGCUGUUUUGUAUAUAGGGUUAUGCCCGUUUUGCUACCCCCUUAGCCCUUCUUCGGUACUCCUAGUCAGAGUUUUUACAUUGGUAUACUCUGCAUAGUUGUACUUUAUUUUGCUUAUAUUAACCCCUUAAGUAUGGAGCCAAAUGUACACGUUGUGAACGAAACAAAAUGUGAACAAAACCUGGCAUUUGCGCUACAUGUCUGUCCAACCGUAAUUCACCUCUUUCAUAGUAAAUGCACCCACCCUUAUUAUAUAUCAUUUUAUUCAGGGGAAACAGGGCUUUCAUUUAAUAUCAAAUAUUUAGCUGUGAAACAUAAUUUAAUAUGAAAAAAAAUGGGAGAAAAUAAGAAAUUAUUUUUUUAGUUCUACGUGACAUUUUAACUGUCAAGGCCAUAAUACUGUUUGCUUUUACUGCAAUAAAAUACACAUAUUUGUAUUCAGCAAAGUCUCACGUGUAAAACAGUACCCCCUAUGUACAGGUUUUAUGGCAUUUUGGGAAGUUACAGGGACAAAUAUAGCAUGUUACAUUUGAAAUUGAAAUUCGCCAGAUAGGUUAUGUUGCCUUUGAGACUGUAUAGUAGCCCAGGAAUGAAAUUUACACCCAUAAUGGCAUAUCAUUUGCAAUAGUAGACAACCCAAGGUAUUGCAAAUGGGGUAUGUCCAGUCUUUUUUCGUAGCCAUUUGGUCACAAACACUGGCCACAGUUAGCGUUGGUAUUUGUGUGUGAAAAAUGCAAAAAACGCCAAUUUUGGCCAGUGUUUGUGACUAAGUGGCUACUAAAAAAGACUGGACAUACCCGUUUGCAAUACCUUGGGUUGUCUUCUUUUGCAAAUGGUAUGCCAUUAUAGGGGUAAUUUUCAUUCUUGGGCUACCAUAGGGUCUCAAAGGCAACCUAACCAAUCUGGAAAAUUUUAAUGUGAAAAAAAUGAAACACAAGCCUUAUAUUUGACGCUGUAACUUUUGAAAACACCAUAAAACCUGUACAUGAGGGGUACUGUUGUACUCGGGAGACUUCGCUGAACACAAAUAUUUGUGUUUCAAAACAGUAAAAAGUAUCACAGCAAUAAUAUCGUCCGUGUAAGUGCUGUUUGUGCAUGAAAAAUGCAAAAAACUUCACUUUUACUGGCGAUAUCAUCGUUGUAAUACAUUUUACUGUUUUGAAACACUAAUAUUUGUGUUCAGCGAAGUCUCCCGAGUAGAACAGUACCCCCCAUGUACAGGUUUUAUGUUGUCUUGGAAAGUUAUAGGGUUAAAUAUAGUGCUAGCAAAUUAAAUUCCCUUUACUUUCGGCAUGGGUUGUCAGGCAGGUCCCGCUAAUUGUAAUUAAUUAAGAUACCUAAUUAUGUAAAAAUAUUACAUAAAUAUAUAUGUAGAAUUAAUGUGUGUAUGUAUGUAUGUGUGUGUGUAUAUAAUAUUUAUUUAAAAAAUAUUUGUAUUUAUAUAUAGGUAUAUAUAUAUAUAUUUCGUUCUACGUGUAUUUUGAGAUAUAUAUAUUACUAUCACAAUACAGUUAGAAAGAAAUAACAUACAUCUAUAUAUUUUUUAAUUAUUUGUAAUUAUUUUUUUUAUUUUUUUAAUGUAUUUACAUAUUUUUUUAGAUUAUAUAUAACAAUAAUCAUAUAUAUUUAAUCAGUAUCAGUCUACGUGUAAUUUGAUAUUAAUAUAGAUAUAUGUAUAUUAAUAGUAAAAUACACCUAGACAGUGUGUGUGUGUGUGUGUGUGUAUAUAUAUGUGUGUGUGUGUGUGUGUGUGUGUGUGUAUAUAUAUAUAUAUAUAUAUAUAUAUAUAUAUAUAUAUAUAUAUAUAUAUCUAUAUAUAUAUAUAUAUAUAUAUAUAUCUAUAUAUAUAUAUAUAUAUAUAUAUCUAUAUCUAUAUAUAUAUAUAUAUAUAUAUAUAUAUAUAUAUAUAUAUAUAUAUAUAUAUCUAUAUAUAUAUAUAUAUAUAUGCCUGAAUUCAAAUAAAAUAAAAGUUAAUAAAGUGUAAAAAAAAAAUUAUAUAUUUUUUUUUUUUACACUUUAUUAACUUUUAUUUUAUUUGAAUUCAGCCAGCAGGGGGACUACCUGUCAAUACAGGCAGCCCCCCUGCUGGCAAUACAGCAGGCAGCUAACCCAGCCAUGUGAUUGUGAGGUCCUCGCAAGGACCUCACUCUCACAUGGCCGGGGGGGCUGCAGGAGGGAGGUUCUGCCGCGGGGGGCUCCCUGGGAGUCCCCCCAACCGCGAUCGCCGGCGACCGGGUAAGUAAAAAAAACGGAGGGCGUACUAUUAUUCCCGGCGGCGUUUAGAGCCGCCUAAAAUGGGACGUAAUAGUACGCCCUCCGGCGUUAAGGGGUUAAUAUAGCAGGGGAUAAGAAAAUCGAAAUUAAAUAGAACUUGCAAUAAGGGAAGGAUAAACUUUAGAUGACUCUUUACAGGAAGUGUUUAGGAAGGCUGUGUAAGUCACAUGCAGGGAGGUGUGACUAGGGUUAAUAAACAGUGAUUUUAACUUCUAAAUGGCAGAUAAUUGAGCAUUGAGACUGCAGGAGCAUGAUCUAUACACCACAACUGCUUCAUUAAGCUAACAUUGUUUUGGUGACUAUAGUGUCCCUUUAAGCAAGCAACAUGGAUUCAGUUCUGCUUUCAUCAUACAAGUACAUCCUAGGCAUGAGUGCUUUUUCCAUUAUCUAGAGAACUUAGAAUGGCAUACUGAGUUAAAUAGACUCCAUGGAUUUACAAACUAGUCAAAGAAUUGACUUUUUUAGUUUUCUGGACAAAAUAGCCUGUCUGGAAAAACUGUCCAGCUCUGUAAUUUGACGUGCAAGUAUUAUGGGCUACAGUUUGCAGCUCCUUUAAUUUCUCAGUGAAUGCCAGUUUUGUAAAUAAUGUACAUCAAUGACUAACCAUUGGACAUCUGCAAGUCUUGAUGUGUCUAAACCUCUCGCUGCAUUAAGUCUUUAUUUUUAAGGUACAACAUGGGAGUGGUAAGCCCAGAAGGCAACUUUGUAAAUCACAUGAAUGAGCUCUGUUAGGGAGUUGCAGUGACUAGCUUCACCUUUUUAAUGUCUUUCUUUUUCCAUGAAUUCUAUCUAGUGCUCUUGGCUCAGAUACCACUCCACUGCCAUCCUGGGCAGCUCUCGAUAAGAGCACAUGGGGUGCUUUGAAGCAAGCACUAAAGGGAUUAUCUGUAGAGUUUGCUCUCCUUGCUGACAAGGCAGCACAGCAGGUAAGAUUGUUCUGUGCAGUUUGUUCUAUAUGCUUGGUUCCCUUCCUGUACACUCUAAUUGAUGGUACAUAUGUUAUAAUUGUGUCUGAGGCUUUAGUAGGCAGGGCAUUUUAAAGGAAAACUCUGGGCAUUCUAAUUCAUCAAAAAUAACUUAUGGUACGAGGAGGUCUCCCGGUCUUGGGUAUCUUAUUUAUUUAAGUUGGUUUGUUUGGGUCCAUUAGCCCACCUAUGUUGCCUGUUCCUCCUACUUACUAAUGUAUCAGUUUUGCUACAAAAUACUGCUGUACAUAACUGAGCAACAACUCCAGACAUAUCAGCUUUCUACUUUAGAAAGGAACAGAUGAGUGACCUCUCCCAAAAAUCCCUAUGGGCUCAAGACCAGUAGUUCUAUAGAAAGUUUGAUUGAGCACCACAUUUGGCUGAGUCAUUUAUAACUAUAUGAGAUAAUGGUCCAUCUCCAUCUGGAAGAAUCCCUUUAAAGGGAACCUACGGCGCCAAAAAAUACUUUUUGGGAUGGGUGAGGUGGGCUAGAGAUUUCCUGUAUAUUGUUGUGAGCACUGUCCACCCCACUUUGCUGCUAAAAACUAAAGUUAAAAUAAAGAUUGCUUACCCCCUUUCCAGUGCACAUUGACUCCUUUACCACCUACUCUGCCUCUGUAGAUGUCAGCAUGCCUGCUUACCUCUUCCGUGAUCUCCUCCAAGAGGACAGAGUUUGAAGAGUGCCACAAGAGACGGAAUUAACCCUGCAAUCUGAACAUUGCCAUUUCUACUAAACGGCAAUGUUUAACAUUGCAGGGUUAAAGCUACAGGGCCCCUGCACCCAGACCAGUUUAUUGAUAUGAAAUGGUCUGAGUGACUUUAGUAGUCCUUCAUAUGGUGUACCUAAGCCUUCUACACAAAUGGAUUUGGUUCAGUAAUAGCUAGCCAUUAUUAGAAGGGGGGGAACAAAUGUAAAAAAAACAGAUACAAUUUGUAUCUUGUAAUACCUUUUUUUUUUUUUUUUGGACUAACAGAAUUUUUUAAUGACAAGCUUUCGGGAGAACCUCCCUUUCUCAAGUCUGAAGCAUUUCUGAGCAAGACAACACAUAUAAUUCAAAGUUGAGUUGUGAUACAGGGGUUAAAGCGAUAUAGAUAUAUAGAUAUAUAUCACUCUAAAGUUCUGUAACAAUACAAAAUGGUUAACUUGGUUAAUUUUACACAUUUGUAUGCUUACUUUAACAGUUAGUUUUUACGUGGUAUUACAGGGUAAACUUGAAGAAAUCGAUGUGGUUGAGAAGCUAAAUCUUUUCUUAGACCUUCUUCAGUCCUACAAAGUAAGCUGUGUUUUGUUUGUGUGUGUGUAUAUGUUAUAGUUUUUAUUGCACAUUCAGUAUUUUCAUGAGAUAUGCAAUAGAAUGUAUAUUGGACCUUAGGAACCAUAACCACCAUAGUGAGCUGUAGUGGUUAUGGUGCUUGGAGUGUUUCUUUAACUGCAGUAAUAGUGAAGUAUGCCUCUUGAAAAGUACCAAGUGAUUGAAACUGUAGAAUUAGGACACCGUUCGCAUUUGUUAGAAUAAUUAUUAUUCAUAUAUAUUAUCAUUCCGUCUCCAAAGGACCUGUGUGAAAGACAUGAAAAGGGUGUAUUGCACAAACACCAGAAGGCUUUGCACAAGUACAGCCUUAUGAAAAAGCAGAUGAUCAGUGCGACUGUGCAGAAUAAGGAAGGAGAGUCUGUGGAGCAGUUGGAAUCCCGCAUUGCAGAGGUUUUUGUUUUCAAUUUUCUUCCUAAUUCAUAUCAUUUUUAUUUAUUUUUUUAUUUUUUUUACCCUGUGGAAGAUAUGCAUUAAUUUUGUUAAUCUUAACACUUUUUUUCAUUUCAUAUAUUUUUUUUUUACUUUAGCAAGAAAAUGCCAUCAUGGUAAUGGAGCUUCGAAAUUACUUCUCAUUGUACUGUCUGCACCAAGAAACCCAGCUUAUGCAUAUCUACCUGCCGCUGACCUCCCACAUACUUGGAGCUUUUGUGAAUUCACAGAUCCAGGGUCACAAAGAGGUGGGUUUUAUGUGAUUUUUACAUAGCAGAAGUCCUAAUUUAUUUCUCUUCGUGUGUAGCCUGCGAUGCACCUGCUAAAUCCUUCCAUUUACACGUCUGAGUGACUUGGGUGAUGGUGCCAGUGCACUUUUGGCAUCAUUACCACUACAGAGCGUUGUAGUGGUUAUGGUACUUGGAGUGUUCUUUUAAAAGUGAACAUAGCCAUUUCCAUUAUUUAGCAAAUGCUUACCUCUGGUCCAGCUCCACCAUAAUUUGAGGUUUGUUGAUGUAGAUUUCUUAAAUUGACUUCAAUCCUGGCCCGCUGACCUCCUCUGAUAAUAUUGUCUCUGCCUGAGAGACCCCAGAAGCAAACGCCCCGUGAUGCUGAUACAUUUGCUUCUUCAGCAUACCCGUGUCCAAAUGAAAUUACCUUCUGGAGGAAAAGAGCAUGCUCUGUAAUUGCUGUGAGGGAGCGUUCCACUCUCCUUCAGGCAAUCAGUUGGUGGCAUACUGGUCUGAGGGAGGAAUAUAUUUUAGAAAAACAAUGCAUUUUGCUAGUACUGUUGGGAAGUGAGUAUAGUGUAACAAAUAAGAGACAUGCUUUUCAACUCUUCCUUUUAAUUUAAGAUUCUGCUAAAGAUUUUCACAACAGAUCCUUUAAUCAAAGAAAUAUCAUAUACUGAGAAUGUCAGGAUUCUGACCUUCAUUGCUGGUAAUAGGGUGUUCUGUGUGCAUGCUACUGCAAACUUUACAUAGUUUAUGAUGUAAUAAGCACACUGUUUUACAUCUUAUUGUGGUGAUUGGUUUAUUGUAGCUGUUAUUCUCUUUUAUAGAUGACUAAUGUUUGGAAUGAACUGAAGCCCAAGUUAAACUGCCUCUAUGUGGGAAUGGACGGCCUACCCACUCCUCCCCUUUCCCCAGAGGAAAGUCGGUUUUUCACACCGUAGGAGCUUAUUGAGGUGGUUGCUAAAACUAAACCCGGGACAUUUAAUACACAGAUCUGUGUUAUCACGGGACCAUUCUUUUUGUAAUGCUGGAAUUAAUGACACUGCAGUGCUCAAGUGAUACUGAAGCCUUAGCAUUCAUGUGCUUUUGGGAGAGAGCCUGGUAUUUUGCACUCUUGCAUUCCUUUAGAUAAAACUGUACUCUGCACAAUUCUCUGGGUAAGUACAUUCAGUGCUGCCUUCAACCAGGUCUGUUUGCACAUUUUUGGAUUUCAUAUGUGUACAUUAUUUAGGAAUACACAGUGCCAUAUUGAAAAACCUUUUGUUUGUUCUAAUUCUGAAGUCGGAUCAACAAGGAGAACCCAGCAACGGAACAGUUGCAAAGAGGAUCAGAGAGCAAUCCUUUUCCCUUCAUGCGGCGUGGAUGAUUACAUUAAAACCUAUCUGCCAUGGGGCAGGAUGCAUGUUAAAUCACGACCAACAGAUCUUUGAUGCAACCUUGUGCCAGCCACAGUCUCCCUUUAUUACACUGACCGGUUCAGUAGGAAGUAAUUAGCCUGGAACCUCAGCCCAGAUUAAGAAGAUCAGUGUUAAACUGAAUUUAGCCGUAUCGUCUUCUGUGAGUUGCCAAUGGCCAGCAAUAUUAAUGGGAAACUUAUAAAUUGUAGUUCUUUUCAAAUUGUUUAUGCCCACCUAACACACCAUACAUAACUGUAAAAAAAUAAAUAAAUAAAAUUUAGGGCUUCGGUGCGUACUAGGCUGUUAUAUUAACUGCUUAAAACCGGAAUCAUUAUUUAAUAUACAUCUGGUCUAAAAAAUUUUUACAUCUCCAGAGAUUGAUCAGUUAAGAUUCAAGUGAUCCUGUGCUAGACGUUGUGUCUGGAAAUGCUAAUGAGUUUUAGAACUUUUAUAACCGCUGAAGUUUUAAGUGCAAACUAUAAAACUGGAAGAGUGUGUGUUUUCUUCGAGUUAAACCACUGGCAGCCAAUGAAAAGUUUGGAUGGGGAUUUCGAUCUCCCAUGGGCUGCGAGUUGGCCAUAGGAAGAUUUUGUAACUCUUCUCCAUAGCUUGUGGAACCUAUUCUUUCCAUGGGAGUGCUGCACAAUCGGUACACUGUCCUUAAAGGGACAAUGGAAAACACUGAUUCAUAUUAACAUUUGCAGCAUAUUUCUGAUCAAAAGUGUUAUGUAUAUUCAGAGUUGUGGAUAAUUUUCCUGGAAUUCACUGGAAAAAUCUAUGAGCGAACUUCAAGUAAUUAAUCUGCAUUCCAAUGUGUGUGGUGGUGAUUUACACCAGACAGGCCCAACAUUUGCAAAGUAUCUUCUUUCCUUGAGAAUGUAAAAAACUUUUGCUUACAAAAUGUGUGACUUUUAUUUUCUUACACUCUUUAAGAGCAGUUGAAAUCACAGCUUGUGUCACUUUUGACCAGAAAGGAGCAAUGCCAUGUUUGGAUCUUAGACUUUUUCCUAGGAGCCUUCUGGGAACAACUGCCUUCUAAAGUGGUGUUCACAAAAAAGUCUGCUGCAAUCUAAUAGCCUGAUCUAUUGUUGCUCCGUACUACCUAUAGUGAAGCUAUAAAGCUCUAGAUGACAUUUGUUGGGCUGUCUCUGCAAGCUAUAAAUAUUGCACAAUAUCUAAAAAAAUAAAAUUAUAUAUAUAUAUAUUUUUUUUUUUUUAGACCUCAAUAGGUCAUUGUAUCAAAGUAUGUUUGUCUUUCUUUAAAUAUACAAUAUUGAGAGAACAUAUUUAAUAUAUUCCUGCAAUAAACCUACUCUGUUGGUAUUAUGUAAUAAUCACUAAAAUGGACUGUCUAUAAGCAAGUACUAUACAAUGAUGAACAUUUUAUUACAAAGAUCAAUUUGUAUUGUUGCUGAAGGGAACAAUUAUUUACUGACAUUUUUCUUAAUAUUAGCCAUAGAAACUUAAACUGGAAAUUGCCCUGGUCAUGUGAUACAGGGUAAAUCACAAGUCAAGAACCACUCAAAUACCUGCAAGAUGUUUAAAGUGACAGCCAUUACCUUUUUUUUUUUAGCCACCCCUUGCUUUGUGACAAUGAUCUAUCUGCUUGUAUGCGGGUGCCUGGGGUGGGUAGUAAUGUUUUUUUGUUUUGAUUUUUAAAGAUUCUAUUUUUUAUUAAAAACAAAACUGCUAAGUGACUGUGCCGCUUUAACAUGGGUGCUGAAGGUUAGUGUAACAAGUAUUAUAGGUGCACGUAUUGGUUUAUUACAUAACUGAAAAAUACAUCUAAUAUCGACCUUCUUACAGGUACUUGGUAAAGAUCUGACUUUUGACACACCUUAGCACUGGUUAAUGGGCAAAUAGCAUAGAGACACAGAGUUCAAAUUCCAAAGAGAAAAUGCUGCCAUGGUAUGAUAAUCAAAAAAUAGUAUUUCUAUGUGUUUAUAUAAAUCUAUUAGUAAUACAUGCAUAAAGUAUUUAAUAAAAUAUAUGAAAGAAUAA